AUGCGGGCGGUUUGGAGGCUGCGUGCAACCGCUUGCAUCAGGUGCAAGAGGAGGAGUGGAACCGAGAGGCUGACAAGAAGCCACAGCGGAAAAGACGCAAUCGCCCUGCGCCUGAGCCUGAGCAGCCCGGAGGCACGUGGCGACGCGGGCUUGGCCAGUGACACUAUCCACCCCGAGCUGGAUCACAUGCCGGCCUACGCCAUCCUUAGCCACAUUGCGUGCCAGAGCGGCCAGUUUGGCGGAGCGGUGGUGGGCGCUUUUCCUCAGACUGAGGACGCGGUGCCAUGCGCCUACGUGACGCAGCUCCCCGAUGUGAAUCGGAUUGACCUACCUUGGCGGAGAGAUGCCAUCAUGGAUGAGCUGCAGGAUGACCCCGUCCGGGUGGCACGCAUGCGGCGUGACUUAGACAUUCCGCAGUUCAGCCAGGCUGGGCGGAUCAUUUUGAAAUCCUUGGCAGUUGAAGCUUUCCCUCACGCAGAUGACGCAGCUUUGGAGAAGCUCUUCUAUGGUUCCGCAGUGGUCCGGGACAACAUAGGUGCGUUCCUUGACGUGGACGCGCUUAAGCAUUUGAGCAUGAAGAUCCUCUACUACAAGAAGGAGCACGCGUUCAACGGCGUGACGGAUCUCUUGGCGCCCAUAGCGCACGUGCAGCUGACGGGCAGGAAGCUGUUGCUGGGGGCCCCUCUGGCAAGCAUCAUCGCAGCCUUCACUGUCAGCGAGUCCAACACUGGGGUUGCCAUGACGGUGGCCAAUUUGGUCAAACAUAUGGUUGGCAUGACUGCGAAGGACUUUGUUUCGGCAGGUGGGUUUUGGGUGAUCUUAAACCCAGGGUCACUUGCAGUGACACCCAGCAGUUGCCUCAUCAUGGAGUAUGGCGUUGACGAUAUGGGGAGCACUCUUUCAUGGCCGGCGUUCAUGCGUGGCCACUGCGACCCUUCGGAGAUCGCAACUGUGCGCGCUGACAUCUCGCAGCUGCUGCAGAACUGCUGCCACGCAACUGACAAGCUCAGCGAGACCCACUUCACGGUGGCGGACAGGUUCUACGUCUGCGUGACGGAGCUCGCUUCGGCUUCAAACGUGAAAACCGAGCAGGCGCAGGUCCUGAUGCCCAGCACCCUCCGCCAGACGAGUUGCUUGCUCCCCGAGAGCCCCAGCCCCAGCAGCCCCAGACCAAGCCACCGCUGCCGCCGGACGAGUUGCUUGAUCAGCAGCCCCUGCCAGAGCUUGCUCUUCGAGAGCCCCAGCGUUCUGAGCCUGAGCCCACGCAGGGAGAGCUUGCUCUUCAAGAGCCCCAGCGUUCUGAGCCUGAGCCCGCGCAGGCAGAGCUUGCUCUUCGAGAGCCCCAGCGUUCUGAGCCUAAGCCCCCGCAGGCAGAGCUCUUCAAGAGCCCCAGCGUUCUGGGCCUGCCAGAGCUUGCUCUUCGAGAGCCCCAGCGUUCUGAGCCUGAGCCCACGCAGGGAGAGCUUGCUCUUCAAGAGUCCCAGCGUUCUGAGCCUGAGCCCGCGCAGGCAGAGCUUGCUCUUCGAGAGCCCCAGCGUUCUGAGCCUAAGCCCCCGCAGGCAGAGCUUGCUCUUCAAGAGCCCCAGCGUUCUGGGCCUGAGCCGCCCCAGCCAGAGCUUGCUCUUCGAGAGCCCCAGCGUUCUGAGCCUGAGCCCACGCAGGGAGAGCUUGCUCUUCAAGAGUCCCAGCGUUCUGAGCCUGAGCCCGCGCAGGCAGAGCUUGCUCUUCGAGAGCCCCAGCGUUCUGAGCCUAAGCCCCCGCAGGCAGAGCUUGCUCUUCAAGAGCCCCAGCGUUCUGGGCCUGAGCCGCCCCAGCCAGAGCUUGCUCUUCGAGAGCCCCAGCGUUCUGAGCCUGAGCCGCCCCAGCCAGAGCUUGCUCUUCGAGAGCCCCAGCGUUCUGAGCCUGAGCCGCCCCAGCAGCCCCCUGCGCAUGCACCGCCCGACGUGA